AUGUCAGGUAGGGCACCAAACACAAAAAGAUUGAACUUACAAGCUGUUGGCGUUGAGUUGGAUAAAACUGGAGCUAUAAAGGUGGAUGAGUAUUCUCGCACUACUGUCCCUAGCAUAUGGGCUGUUGGAGAUGUUACUAACCGGUUGAAUUUGACUCCUGUGGCUUUAAUGGAGGGGACUUGCUUUUCAAAAACUGUAUUUGGUGGGCUGCCAACCAAACCUGACCAUAGGAAUGUUCCUUCUGCUGUAUUUUGGUAAUCAAAUUGUUUCUG